AUGCACCUUGAAAGUUGCACCAGUGAAGCAACCCAACGUGAGCUUGCCAAAUUUGCAAACUGGAUUUUAUCAAUAGGUGAUGGCACAAUCCUAACAGUUAAAGACACUAAUGAUCUCAUUACUAUUCCAGAUGAUUUUUUGUUGACCCCAGUGGAUAAUCCUUUGUAUUGUAUAGUCAAUGCCAUAUAUCCAAACCUUCCUGAUCACUUGCAAGACAAGGCUUACUUUAAUGAUCGUGCUAUUUUAUGCCCAAUAUUAUCUGUCGUGGACGAGGUCAACUCAUUCAUGUUGUCCCUUCUUCCUAGUGAAGAAGUUGAGUAUCUCAGCAUGGAUAUCAUUUCAAAGCAGGAUACAGCAUCAAGCUCUAUUGACAACAUACAUUCAAUUGAGUUCCUCAACACAAUCAAAAUGUCAGGACUACCAAACCAUGUAUUGAAACUCAGAGUUAGUGCACCAGUGAUGGUCACGCAGAACAUUGACAAAUCCAAUGGACUUUGCAACGACACUAGACUAAUUGUCACCAGACUGGAAAAACAUGUAAUCAUUUACCAAAUGCUAUAUGAUACUAUCACCAGCCAAAGCGUUAUGAUACCUAGGAUCACUACACCUUCUGACUAUGGGUAUCCCUUCACACUUUGCCGUCACCAAUUCCCUCUCACGCUAUCAUUUGCAAUGACGAUUAAUAAGAGCUAG